GGGUGAGAAACCCUAGAAGGAGAAGAGAUGCUCCCUUUCGAUCUUCAGACUUCACUCCCGGAGCAGAGGAAUUCCGGAAGGCCCCAUGCCCUAGUCUGCUACGGAUUCGGAAACCGACAACACAAAACAAACGGAAGCACAAAACCCAACAAACAUACAUGUUUCCUUUCUACAAAAGAAACUGAUCCCGAUUAUCCAGGCCUCACCAUUUCCUCUGCAUAAUUAGUUAAUUACCCUUUUGCAAAAAGAAUGAGUUAAAA